UUUUUCGUGAAAUCUUAGGUGGUUUUUUUGCGCAUCAUCCUGAGAAAUGCUGCUGACUGAUAGCCUAUUCCCGGCUCCGAGCUUUUGGGGAUCGAGGCUAUGGGGGGAUCUCACCAACACAGCCGGCACUAGACUUCAACUAGCCGACUAGUGUACCUUCGUGGAUUUCUAGCCUCGAUGUGUCAAAGGUGGAAUUGAUUCUCUCUGGUCUAAAAGCAAGCUUGUUUCUGGAUCUCGACCAGAAAGGCUUGAUCGAUGCCAGCGGAUAACGAUUCCGGAAGGUCGGUGGAUGUCCUAAGUACCGUGAUGCCUGGCGAUGGCUUGCUUUGCCCAGAUAAUCUACCCUUGCCGCGAGCGAAGCACCACCACAACCGCCCUCUCGAAAAGAAGAGAAAAGGAAAGGAAAGGCAAAAAUCACUGACAAGACAGAAGAAGAAACGAGAAGCAAGCAGCCCGAGUUUCCCGAUGGGAAAAGUCAUGAUCCGAUUGGAUUACAGAUAAAGAUGCAUUAAUACGCUUGCUACCGCUCUGCUAUAGUUCUCUCUUGAUACAUAUACAUAAUUUGCUGACGGGGGUCCUCCUGGCUGACCUUGCGAAGGAAGCCUCAGGAGGUAUGAAGUAUAAACGUACGAGGUCGUUAUCCGUUAACUAUCCCCAACAUAGGCUUAAGAGGAUAGAAUUCUCAGAUGUUCGUACUUACAAGGCGAAGAAGGACGCUUAGCCUAAGUCCUCGAGUUCCCGAUGAAACGGGUUGCUACUUGGUACAUCGCGUACUUUUUUCCCAACGCUGAUGGAUCAACCAAGGGGGAUCAUCGAUUUUGAGUGAUUUUCCCAGACUUGGUUCCCCCGGAUAAUUUCCAGACUCACUAUCAUAUUAGGCUUUUUUCUGGAAUUCGUCCAUACAUAUGGGUAGAAGGCUAAGGGGGGCCAACAAAAAGGGAGGAGACCGAGUGCCUGACUUCUCCCCCACAACCCCCUGGCUUGCAAGGACACAGCCAACGGAAUGUAGUUCACUGUCCAACCUGCGCAAACCGAAUCGAAAAGGGAGGCUCUGGGGAGGGUCAACGUACAGUCCAUUACGGAGUAUGCUUGGUCAUGAUGCUCGUACAGGAGGCUUUCUGGGGGGCAUUCACGUAUUUUUGCGGAGAAAGAGAAGAGAGAUGAAGCGGCUAAUCAUGCCACCGUUCUUGAAGCGAGGUGCCGAAGGCCAUCGCUGCCUAUACCCCCAGAUUCGGCUCUUUUCAAUGAACUUGUGGCUAUGGCCAGAUGCUUUGUAAAAUUUCCACCUUCCCACUUCAGGGCGCAAGCAUCCUACUUAGGGGACAGCGGGAAGAUUAAUGAUGGCGUAAAGAGGGAGAGAAGGAGACAAGAAGCACCUACUAUCAACCCCAUGACUGGCCAACAGCUCCUUUCCACCCAAAACUAAACCUUCGUUUGCCCUGCCGCUGCCACAUA